AUGUCGGCGCCCCCCUACGAGGAGGACCCCUAUGCCUUUGAAGAGGACAACGAGAUCACCAGCGAGGACUGCUGGACCGUCAUCUCGUCCUUCUUCAACGAAAAAGGCCUGGUGUCGCAGCAGCUGGACUCCUUCGACGAGUUCAUCGAGACGACUAUCCAGGAACUGGUAUGGGAAGACAAGCACCUUAUUUUAGACCAACCGGCCCAGUAUACCACGUCUCAGGACAAUAUUUCAAGACGACAUGAAAUCACGUUCGGAAAAAUCUACCUGUCACGUCCUACUAUGACUGAAAGCGACGGUUCUACCCACCCUGUAUUCCCGCAAGAGGCUCGAUCGCGAAAUCUCACCUACUCGUCUCCGUUGUAUGUUGAAAUCCAGAAGCGUGUGCUGUACUCCCGUGAAACAGACCCUGAUGUGGAGCCUGACUGGAAACCCGAUCCCCAUGAGGUCCCCGAACCAGUGGAAAAGUACUAUAUUGGCAAGGUCCCUAUCAUGAUUAGAUCCAAGUUCUGUAUGUUGCGCAACCUUCGAGACGAUGAUUUCUAUGAGUUGAACGAGUGCCCCUUGGAUCAGGGUGGUUAUUUCAUCAUCAACGGUUCGGAGAAGGUUUUGAUUGCCCAGGAGCGUUCCGCGGCCAACAUCGUGCAGGUGUUCAAGAAGCCGGCUAAUUCCCCGGUGUCCCAUGUUGCUGAAAUCCGUUCGGCUAUUGAGAAAGGCUCGCGUCUCAUUUCUACUUUACAGAUCAAACUGUUCAGCAAAGACAAAACCAUCAAAGCCGCUCUCCCCUAUGUCAAGAGCGACAUUCCAAUCGUUCUUGUAUUCCGUGCGCUGGGUGUCGUACCCGACGGUGAUAUUUUGGAGCACAUUUGCUAUGAUCAAACCGAUUGGCAGAUGCUAGAGGCCCUGAAACCUUGUAUCGAAGAGGGUUUCUUCGUGCAAGACAGACAGGUGGCUCUGGAUUACAUUGGUCGCCGUGGUUCUGUCACAGGUAUCAACCGUGACAAGCGUAUUCGUUAUGCUCGUGAUAUUCUGCAGAAAGAGUUGCUGCCCCAUAUCACGCAAAAGGAAGGUUAUGAGACCCGUAAGGCCUUUUUCUUGGGCUAUAUGGUGCAUAGACUGUUGCUUGUGGCUCUUGAUCGUCAUGAGCAGGAUGAUCGUGAUCAUUUCGGUAAAAAGCGCUUGGAUCUUGCUGGCCCUUUGCUUGCCAACCUGUUCCGUAUGCUGUUCCGCAAACUGACCCGGGACAUUUUCCGUUAUAUGCAGAAAUGCGUGGAGACUAACAAAGAUUUCAACUUGACCAUGGCUGUGAAAUCAAACACCAUCACCAACGGUCUCAAAUACUCUUUGGCUACCGGAAAUUGGGGUGACCAAAAGCGUGCUAUGUCUACGAGAGCUGGUGUGUCUCAGGUACUCAACCGAUACACUUUCUCGUCUACACUAUCGCAUCUGCGUCGUACCAACACACCUAUCGGUAAAGAUGGUAAGAUUGCCAAACCUCGUCAGUUGCACAAUACCCAUUGGGGUUUGGUGUGCCCUGCAGAGACCCCCGAAGGUCAAGCUUGUGGUUUAGUCAAGAACUUGUCCUUGAUGACUUGUAUUUCAGUUGGUUCGCCGUCUGAUCCGAUUAUUUACUUCCUCGAGGAGUGGGGUAUGGAGCCUUUGGAGGACUUUGUUCCCCAUGCCUCGAGCGCGGCUACACGCGUGUUUGUUAACGGUGUUUGGAUUGGUGUUCAUCGUGAGCCAAAUGUAUUGGUGGAGACCAUGCGCAAUCUGCGUCGUAAAGGUGAUAUUUCUCCCGAGAUCACUAUUGUUCGUGACAUUCGUGAAAAAGAAUUCAAGAUCUUUACCGAUGCUGGCCGUGUUUACAGACCACUGUUUGUGGUUGAAAACGACCCUCAGAGCCCCAGAAAUGGUGAACUUAAACUACAAAAGGAUCAUGUCUACAGGCUUCUCAAUACCGAACAAAAUGACCUUUCUCCAGAAGACCCGGACUACUUUGGUUGGACAUCUUUGGUGAACAACGGCGUAGUGGAGUACAUUGAUGGUGAAGAAGAAGAAACCACAAUGAUUGCAAUGACACCUGAAGACUUGGAGUUGAGUCGUCAAAACCGUGCCGGCCUGAAACAGGAAGACACGGAGAUGCUGGAUCCAGCAAGACGUGUUAAAAUGUUGCAGUCUUCUGGUCAGACAUGGACACAUUGUGAAAUUCAUCCCAGUAUGAUUUUGGGUAUUUGUGCCUCCAUCAUUCCAUUCCCUGACCACAACCAGUCUCCUCGUAACACAUAUCAAUCUGCUAUGGGUAAGCAGGCUAUGGGUGUGUUCUUGACGAACUAUAGUGUUCGUAUGGACACUAUGGCCAAUAUUUUGUAUUAUCCUCAGAAGCCGCUCGCUACCACCAGAAGUAUGGAGUAUCUCAAAUUCCGUGAGUUACCCGCUGGACAAAACGCCAUUGUAGCCAUUCUGUGUUACUCUGGUUAUAACCAGGAAGAUUCGGUUAUCAUGAACCAGUCUUCCAUUGAUCGUGGUUUGUUCCGUUCACUCUUCUUCCGUUCUUAUAUGGAUCAAGAGCGGCGUAUCGGUAUGUCUGUUGUUGAGGAGUUUGAAAAGCCUACUCGCGCGGACACUUUGCGUCUCAAGCAUGGUACUUAUGACAAACUCGACGAGGAUGGACUUAUUAUCCCCGGUGUGCGUGUUUCAGGUGAAGACAUCAUCAUUGGUAAGACAGCACCGGUUCCUCCUGACACUGAGGAGCUUGGCCAGCGCACGAAAUUCCAUACCAAACGCGAUGCGUCUACGCCUUUGCGUUCCACAGAGUCUGGUAUUGUUGACCAGGUUCUUUUGACUACUAAUCAGGACGGCUUGCGGUUUGUCAAGGUUCGUAUGCGCACGACCAAGGUUCCGCAAAUUGGUGACAAGUUUGCUUCUCGACACGGGCAAAAGGGUACUAUCGGUAUUACGUAUCGUCACGAAGAUAUGCCUUUCACAGCUGAGGGUCUUGUUCCUGAUCUCAUUAUCAAUCCACACGCCAUUCCCUCCCGUAUGACAGUCGCCCAUUUGAUCGAGUGUUUACUGUCCAAGGUUUCUGCGUUGUCUGGAUUCGAGGGAGAUGCUACUCCCUUCACGGACGUGACUGUGGACGCUGUAUCCAAGCUACUGCGUGAGCACGGUUACCAGUCUCGUGGAUUCGAGAUUAUGUACAAUGGACACACCGGACGCAAGUUGAUGGCCCAGGUAUUCUUCGGACCUACCUAUUACCAACGUCUGAGACACAUGGUAGACGACAAAAUUCAUGCCCGUGCUCGUGGUCCUGUUCAGAUUCUGACAAGGCAGCCCGUCGAGGGUCGUUCUCGUGAUGGUGGUUUGCGUUUCGGAGAAAUGGAACGUGACUGCAUGAUUGCUCACGGUGCCGCCGCCUUCCUCAAAGAACGUUUGAUGGAAGCGUCAGAUGCCUUCCGGGUUCAUGUCUGUGGUAUUUGUGGUCUCAUGUCGGUUAUUACGAAUUUAAAGAAGGUCCAAUUCGAGUGCCGGUCAUGCCAGAACAAAACUAAAAUUUAUCAGGUGCAUCUUCCUUACGCCGCCAAGCUUCUUUUCCAAGAACUGAUGGCUAUGAAUAUUGCCCCUCGACUCUACACUGAUCGUUCAGGAAUUACAGUGCGAUAA